AUGGCUUCCCCGCCACGUCAUCAUGAUCGCAGUGACGACGGAUGGGGGAAGAGAGGGAGGACGCGCACGCAGCAUGCGUGCUCCUCCCUUUUCCUUCCAACCCACUGACCGUCGUUGCUUAUCGUCGCGUCGCGUGAUGCCCGAAUGAGCUUCACUGAACCAUGUUUUCUCAUUGCACACGGCUGGCUGGCGGCCACAAUGCUGUACUUAUACCUAUAAAUGCUGCCGAUGAGAAAUCUUCUGCCGACGCGCAGAUCUUUCAGAGGACAUGCACGAAUAUCCGGAUGGUGGUAAUACUGCACUGUACAGUAGGCGAACUUCAAGUUGAAGUCUCCUAACCCCAGACUUAUUAGGCGACGGAUUUCGCGGAUUCAUCUUCUUGCUACAAGGAAAAACUACGAUCGCCGCCAGUUAGGCCGUCGAUCAUCCUGGAUUGAUGACUCAUAGUCGCGAUGCUCCUUGGUGUUUUCGGGAGAUGCGUCGUCGCGUGCUACUAACUUACUAGGGGAUGCUCGCUUCCUUUUUUAUGGGACUGAUGUGAAAUAUCCGUAUCUUGGUUCGACUAUAAGUACCCCUCACGGGAUCAUCCUGUUAUCUAAGGCGGGACAAAUCUCACCCUGGCUGACACGUCGGUCUAAGGAGAUUUGAUUUGAUUUGUUCGGGCAUUUCUCUCACUGAGGCUUGGGGUUCUUCUCGGGAUCAUCGCCAUGGUCAGAGAAUCCACAGUUGAGAUCACGGAGGAUCUAGAGCAGCCUUUUCUGUCAGAUGAAAUCGUUAGCCUUGACGGUUUCCGUCAACAGGGGCUCGGAGCGGCGGAAUUAGGGUUAGAUCUCCCAGAUGACUGUUCGUCGGAAUCCGUCAACGGUAAGUUGCCAGGAGUCAGGUGUCAAACCGUCACUGACGGAAACCGUUACGGUGUAGGAAUUGACGAUGCCCAAAUCGACGUUUCUCAUGAGACGGGCUUUUGGCGGGAAGGGCCGGAAGCGGGGAUGCCAAUACUGGAAAUUUCCUCCAUUUUCGAGGGCAACGCUAGUGUUAGGAGUCCGGGACUGCAGGUUAAGGACGGAGAGGAGGAGGGUUUGGCCUCGCGUGAAGAUGCGUUGCUGCUGGAUAGCAAGCUGGGCGGCGGUGCUAGAGGCGUUGUUAGCAGCGGUAGCAGUGGCGGCGACAGCAGCAGGGGGGGCAGCAGGAGACGCGUGGCAGCAAGCGACAAUCUAGAGAGCCUGGACUACGAGGUCCUUGACUCCGAGUGGCACGACGGCGAGUGGCAGUCAAUGACGCAAGCCGACAGGAUCCGCCACACGGCCCUCCGCUGGCUCCUGGUUCUCCUCAUCGGAGCCUGCACGGGGGCCCUCGCUUUCCUCAUCAACCUCGCCGUCGAAGCCAUCGGGAGCGCCAAGUUUGGGCUGGUGUUUUCGCAUAUCAAGGGACAGAACUUCCUCUGGGGUUUCCUGGCGCUGGCAGCGAGCAACCUGGGGCUUGUACUCGUUUCAACGUGCCUCUGUAACUUCAUAGCGAUGGAGGCAGCGGGGUCCGGUAUUCCCGAGGUGAAGGGGUACCUGAACGGCGUCAGCACGCCCGCUGUACUCUCAGCCAAGACUCUCUUUGUGAAGGCGCUUGGCAGCAUUGGUGCCGUGGCAGGGGGUUUGGCAGUAGGCAAGGAAGGGCCACUCGUGCACUCUGGUGCUUGCAUUGCAAACAUUCUGGGCCGUCUGAGCCAUCGGAUCUCCGCCAGUCGCGAUCUCAGCCGUCCGUUUCCCUCCAAGCAGAAGCCUCGGCUCCAGUCUGUUAACUCCUUUGCCUCUCUGGGAAAUAUGGGGUCUCUUAAAGCCCUACGGACGCCGGUGUGGGUGCACAGCGACAGGGGGCUGAGGGACCUGGUGACGUGUGGUGCUGCCUCCGGCGUUGCUGCUGCGUUCCUGGCGCCUGUUGGCGGGGUGCUGUUUGCACUAGAGGAAGUCACCUCGUGGUGGCGUAACUCUCUUAUAUGGCGGAUAUUCUUCACCAACGCUGUGGUAGCCAUGGUCCUCCGAGCCUGCAUCUCGCUGUGCGAGGGCGACAGGUGCGGCGGCAGCUUCGGGUCCCGAGGCUUCAUUCUCUUCGACCGAAGCAAGUCCCAAACCGAGUUCGGGCUGCUGGAGAUCGUCCCAGCAGUGCUGCUGGGAGUGGUGGGAGGAGUUCUGGGUGGCGUUUUCAACCACAUGAAUGUGAAGCUGUGCGCUUACAGGAAGAACCAGCUGCACAGGCACGGUGCAUGGGUGCGAGUGCUAGAGGUCCUGCUCAUCUCCCUCCUCACCUCCGCCAUUCGCUUCUACGGCCCUUUCCUCGCCUCCUGCCUACCGUGCCCGGAAGACCCAGAGGAGGGAGGGGGAAUAGGAGGGAGAGGAGGGAUACGGGCACUGAUGGAGGGAGGUUCUUUCAACUGCCCGAGCGUUGUCGGCACGGGGGAUCACAAGGCCUUUGCCUGCCCGGAUGGGCAGUACAAUGAUCUGGCGAGCCUGGUGUUCACAACCAACGAUGACGCCAUUGGGAAUCUGUUCCGCACCGGGUCGUUCGGAAUAUUCACCUACUCCUCUCUCCUGCUCUCCUUCGCCAUCUUCUUUGCCCUCGCCAUCCUCACAUAUGGUAUCGCAGUCCCCUCGGGGCUCUUCGUGCCCUCCAUCCUCUGCGGGGCAUCCUACGGUCGCAUGGCUGGCAUGCUCAUGGCGCACCUCUUCGGCUCCCACCGAGUGGGCGAGGGCACGUAUGCGCUUCUCGGCGCCGCGUCUUUUUUGGGCGGGUCUAUGAGGAUGACCGUUUCGCUCUCGGUCAUCCUGCUGGAGCUCACGGGCAGCCUGAAACUUUUGCCGCUGAUUAUGGUCGUGCUGCUGGUGUCGAAAAACGUGGGGGAUCUGUUCAAUCGGAAUAUCUAUGACUCCCACGUGCACCUGAAAGGGAUACCCUAUCUUCCAGAAAACUGCACUCACCAGGACUUUACCGUGGUAGAGGGUGAAGCUUAUAACACGGAUGCAGCAGAGCAACUUCAACUGCAGCAGCAGCAGCAGCAGCAGCAGGAGGGGGAGGAGCAGCAGAAACAGGAACUCCCAGGGUCGUUCUGGGGGCUACGCAGUCCCAGAAAGUUUUCCUCAUCAGCCGAUCUUUGGCCCCCUCAGUCACCCCGACUCACGCCCCGCCUGACCACCCCCUUCCCCGCAUCACCCUCACUUGUUACCUCUCCUCUCACCACCCUCUUCAGCCCUCGGAGCCCGGGCACCCCUAAUCUUCCUGGGGACACCACCACUCCUUCCACCCCUAGAGCCCCUGGUGGUGUCUCUCGCAGACGGGCAACAGCAGCUGACGCUGUUGCUGCUGCCAGUGGUGCCGCCGGUGCUGCUGCUCGUGCUGUUGGUGGUCUUGGUUCUCUUGGUACCGGGGAUGCUGCUGUUGGUGCUGCUGGUUCCGGCUACCUUGUGGCUCUAGAGGGUGUGACUACAGUGAAACGGAUAGUUGACACACUACGUGCAACGCAGCACAACUCGUUCCCUGUUGUCGAUGUCAGCACUGGGAGGGAGCGUGCGGCCAGUAGGAGCGGUAGCAGCAGUAGCAGCUGUGGCAUUGCCUGCAGUAGCAGCAGCAAUGGCACGGGGGCCAUCACCAGAGGCAGCAGCAGCAGUGGCAGCAGCAGCAGUGGCAGCAGCAGCAGUGGCAGCAGCAGCCUCAGUAUCAGCACCAGCCGCAGCAGCAGCACCAGCAGCACCAGCUGCAGCAGCAGCAGCAGAGGGGGCAUGGCAGGACAUGGGCUUCUGCGAGUCAGCAGCUCUGGCACUGUUCUCCUACCAAAUGCGGUUCAAGCAGGGUUACAAACAGCGUUACAAACAAGGUUACCAACAUGGGCUCAAAGUGAGUCCCAAACAGGGUUUCUGGAGACUCAGACGAGCCAGGAGACUCAAACGACCUCCUUUCACGGGCUUAUCCUGCGCAAACAUCUUCUAGCUUUGCUACACUCCAAGAAGGCAUUUCACCCCCAACCAACCACCUGCAGCACACCAAGCGUCGAGGGAAGGGCAAGAAUCUUGCGAGAUUUUGCCGCUUCUCUGGCCCUUGUAGGGAAAUUACGGGUUCAGGACCUGGAGAUUACCCCCGAGGAGGAGGGGAUGUUUGUGGAUCUGCACCCGUACACCAACCGGUCGCCGUAUAUUGUUACGGAGAACAUGGGGAUGCAGAAGGCUUAUCUGCUUUUUCGGAAUUUAGGGUUGCGGCACCUCUGUGUGGUGCCUAAGCCGAUGGAUGUGAUCGGGAUAAUAACUCGCAAGGACCUUAUUAAUGCCAUGUGUAGAGAGCACGAUGCGCCAGAAAAUCACUGUAGAUGACCCAUUUUGCAAUCCCAUGAUGUUUACAUUGUAAGCAAUCAGCUCCUAUUGAGCACA